AUGAAGGAAGUUCAACAAAGGAAGUUGAAGCAGGAGGAAGAAAAAAGAAAACAACAAGAAGCUCAGCAACAGCAGGCUCAAAAACAGAAAGAGCAGGAGAAGUUGAAGCAGGAGGAGGAAAAAAAGAAACAACAAGAAGCUCAACGACAGCAACAGCAGGCUCAACAGAAAGAGCAGCAGAAGGAGCAUCAGUCCGCCGAAAAGACAAAACAGCAAGCACAGCAACAGUCUAAGCAACAGGAACAACAACAAAAGCAAGGAGGAAAAUAA